CCUUCUUUAGUAUGGCAUCCACCUACAUCGAGGGAUUCCAUGACCUCGGCAUGGUUGAAAAGAUGUGCUAUACGCCUCUCGGUAACACCGGUAUGAAACUCUCUUCCAUUGGUUUUGGUGCUUCACCAUUAGGAAACCCAUACACCGUCGAGAUGCCCAGUGACGAGGAACAUGAGGCCUGUGUCCUGAAAGCAUUGAAGAGUGGUAUCAACUACAUUGACACGGCUCCUUGGUAUGGACAGGGAAAAUCAGAAGAAAAACUAGGAAAUAUUUUGAAGGAUGUACCACGAAGCAGCUAUUACAUUUCUACGAAGGUGGGGCGGUACGAGAAAGACGUGGAGCGCAUGUUUGAUUUUUCUGCUGAAAGAGUGACGCGGAGCGUGGAUGAGAGUCUGUCUAGGCUUGGCCUUAGCUGUGUCGAUAUCAUACAGGUACAUGAUGUUGAAUUUGCUGAAAAUCUUGAGAUUAUUUUGAAUGAGACUCUUCCAGCUCUACAAAAGAUCAAGGAGGCCGGGAAAGCUAAAUUUAUUGGUAUCACUGGUUAUCCAAUCAAUACACUAAGGGAGAUUGUAGACCGGAGUACAGUAAAGAUUGAUACAGUAUUAUCAUAUUGCCAUCUUGAUAUCAACGAUUCUUCCUUGCUUGAUCAUAUAGCAUUCUUUGAGGAGAAAGGUAUUGGUGUGAUCUCUGCUUCUCCUCUCUCUAUGGCCCUCUUAACAUCCCUUGGUCCUCCUGUCUGGCACCCUGCCUCUGAAGCCGUCAGAGACACCUGCAGGAAUGCUGCCAAGUACUGUCAAGAACAUGGUGUGGACAUCUCUAAACUAGCCUUACAUUACUCUCUGUCACAAGGGAAGGUAGCAACCGUCAUAGUCGGUAUGGACAGACCUUUGUUUCUGGAGCGCAAUAUGGAAGUACUACACAACAAACUCAGGAAAGAAGAGGAGGAAGUCUUGCAGGAAAUCCAAAAGGAAUUCUUCCCUAAAGGGGUGAGUCGAACCUGGGAAGGGGUUGAGGUUGCUAAGUACCGGAGGAAGCUUAAAGCAAGGCAAACAGAGCUACAGGGUUGAAGCAAUCAAAGGACUUGAAGACACCUUCAGAGGACAGUACUGAUCAAUCUAAUCAGCUUCUUUUCAUGUGGAAACCGGUUCAAGUGGUAAUUUCUUCUGAAAUGUCGAAAAUGAGAAAUGGGUUGAAGUGAAAGUUUGAUCAAAAUCAAAUUUGAA